CAACCACUCGUGAGCAGCGACCACCAUCCGCUGCCGCAAGCUUGUUCUUCUUCGUAGACAUCGUGCUGCAUUCCUCGCUCAUCGCUGUCAUUACGCAACGCCUACAGCCAUGGCCCCUCGCUCCUCGUCAAAGACCAGCGGCCGCGGCUUCCAGCCUGCGUACGAUGCGGCGACCUACCGUGAUCUGCUGCUCUUCGAAGAACGCCUCAAGACCAAUGCAGCAUCCCUGAAUCGCAGGAAACAUCGCUACCAACUCUUCCUCGUCCAGCUACUCGUCAUCAUCGCAUUCCUCUCGAGCGAGGUGCUGUUGCAAUCCCACCUCUUGUCGAUCCCUUACACGUUGCUCCUCCGCGCGGCGCUGCCGGAACUCUACGCGGAGGCUGCAGACGUUCGGAUCCACCCAUACUUCACGACAGGUCUGUUGUUUGUCAGCGUGACGACGCUGGUCCUCUUCUUCGCCUCCGGGAUGUACAGCGAGAAAAUCGGCUAUGCCAAUCGGUACGUGCCGCAUGCGAAUCCCUCCCUACGUUCUAAACUACCCGCUUUCCUCAAUCCGUUCACUCUACUCUUCCCUCGACCAACACCGUCAUCGGUCGCUCCUGCCGCUCCGCUCCGCCACCGCUCGCCUUCCCCUACUGCUAGCCGGACGAAACGUAGCUCCUCCGUGCCCAUCCCACCCAUUCCGCCUGCGUCCAGUCCGCGAGGCGAGCUCAUUUUCUCAUCGCGUGUCGAGCGAGGCUUUCGCGACAGUUAUGAACGUUAUCGGGCAGCGUUCGAGCGGCGACGAGACGGGCGCGAACGUUUGGAACGAGAGAAGACAUGGCCGGGGUGGAUGAUUUCGAAGAUGCCUUGGGCAAAAGCAUCAUCGCCGCUGUCCCCUACUGUCCUUCCUGCAAGUGCUGCAGGAUCGCGGUUCAGGACGGAAAGCGGGCGAAGCCGCGGAAGUGAUAGUAUGCCUCCAUCGAGGAGGGUUAGUUUGCAGAGCCCUACAUCCCCCUCGUCACGGAGCUUGGAUGAGAAAACAUAUAAGGACGGUGCCCUCCCAUCUGCUGGUGUCAUUGGCAAAAAUUAGUUGUAAUGAUAUAUGUAUGAUGCUGUUCGGCAGCAAUCUACUCUAGUCUUGUACAUUAUGAUACGACAUUGGCUAUUGCA